CCAACAUCUCGACUCCAGUCACCAUCAUGUCGUCCAGCAAAGGUGUGUUUGAGAUUGGCUUCCAGCCCGACGUACAACACCAAGACGCACCCGGCACGCAGUCCAAACUCGGCCCAGCUCCCGCCAUUGACCAAGUGCCCGAUGGCAAAGGAGGUGCAAAACUGUACCAGGCCGCAGGCAAAUUAAAGGACAAGAAGGCAGUCAUUACAGGCGGCGACAGUGGUAUCGGUCAAUCCACCGCCGUGCUCUUCGCCAUGGAGGGUGCAGACGUCUUCUUCACCUACCUGGCGUCAGAGAAGAAGGAUGCAGACGAAACGGUCCGACUUGUGGAAGCCAAGGGUCGCAAAGCCUAUGCAUAUGAAGCAGACUUGAAAGCCAAGGAGACGUGCAAGAAGGUCAUUGAAGCUGCCCUGGAGAAGUUGGGAGCUAUCAAUAUCUUGUUCAACAAUCAUGCCUAUCAGAUGGUACAAGAGAACAUUUUGUCUUUGCCUGAAGAGCAGUGGGAGAAUACGUUUGCCACCAACAUUCAUCCAUUCUUCUACCUCUCCAAAUACGUCCUUGCCCACAUGACUCAAGGCGACACCAUCAUCAACAACGCCUCCAUCAACGCCUACAUUGGCCGACCCGAUCUCCUGGAUUACACUUCCACCAAGGGCGCCAUUGUCUCCUUCACGCGAGGUCUCUCCAACCAGUUUGUCGCCAAGGGUAUCCGAGUGAAUGCCGUGGCUCCAGGCCCAGUCUGGACGCCUCUGAUUCCCUCCACCAUGUCGACGGAUGCGAUCAAGCAGUUUACCAGCCCCAUGGGUCGACCAGGCCAACCUUCUGAGAUUGCCACUUGUGUCGUAUUCCUGGCGUCGACAGAUUCUUUCCAAUUGUCUGGACAGGUCAUCCACGCCAACGGAGGUGUCAUUGUGAAUGGAUAGGUGUGUCUCAUCUGGGGGACUUGAUUCUCGCUAUAAUGAUAUUCCCAAUACUGUAUUGUUCAUUCUGUCCGUGUCCUAUUCCUGGCAGCUUUUGUCUCUUGGCUUCAUCCAGAUGGGUGCCACUUAUCCAUGUGGCGGAGAGAGAGAAGAUGUAUGCACUCCCAGAGCAGCAAACUCCUCCCAAUUCGUCGUGAAAAAUAGCCCCAAACAUGUAUGUAUCCCUUCUCUUCCCUUCCCUCCCUCAUUCCAACCUCCACAACCACCUCCCAAACUCCUUUUUC